AUGUUCCUGUCCUCACACCCACGACUCAUAGUCACCCACUAUGGAACUCUCCGCCCUGGGGGAGGAAAGUUUUCUCUAUCAUCAUACCUGUCUCUCUUUGGUAAUCUAACUGAAUUAGAAGAAUUUAUAAAAGUGACAGAUGCUGGACUCCAAAGAGAGGUGACCAAGAGAGAUUAUUGUAUGAUGGUAGCAAUCAUGGGCCAUCUCCUGGCUAUGAAAGAGAGGCAGACAACUGCUGACAAACUCUUUGAACCUUUAAAAGAGAUGGCUGCACUACUAGAAAGCUGUGGACAGAAGAUGACAGGUGACAUUUGUGCCCAGUUGGAGGAAUUACCUGAAAAAUUGAAUAUCCUUAGGAAGAGAGCUGUGUCGGCCAAGUACAAACUAACUCCUCUUCAGGCAUCUGAUGUUGCAUUAAUCAGAAGAAAAUGCACUUUACUUGAUGUACACUGA